AUGGCUCCCAAGAUCGCCAUCGUCUACUACUCCAUGUACGGCCACAUCCGCCAGUUGGCCGAGGCCGAGAAGAAGGGCAUUGAGAAGGCCGGCGGUACUGCCGACCUCUUCCAGGUCGCCGAAACCCUCCCCGAGGAAGUCCUCGCCAAGAUGGGCGCUCCCGCCAAGCCCACCGACGUCCCCGUCCUUGAGGACCCCAGCACUCUCGAGGCCUACGACGCCUUCCUCAUCGGUAUCCCCACCAGAUACGGCAACUUCCCUACCCAGUGGAAGGCGUUCUGGGACAAGACCGGCAAGCAGUGGAGCACCGGCGGCUUCUGGGGCAAGAUGGCCGGCCUCUUCAUUUCCACCGCCUCCCUCGGCGGCGGCCAGGAGUCCACCGCCAUCGCCGCCAUGUCCACCUUUGCCCACCACGGCAUCAUCUACGUCCCCUUCGGCUUCGCCAAGGCCUUCCCCCUGAUGGCCGACCUGACCGAGGUCCACGGCGGUAGCCCCUGGGGUGCCGGCACCUUCGCCGGCGCCGACGGCUCCCGCCAGCCCACCGCCAAGGAGCUCGAGAUCGCCACCAUCCAGGGCGAGGCCUUUUACCAGACCGUCGCCAAGCACUUCGGCUGA